UUGACAUCAUCUUCUCUUCAUCCAAUCCUCACCAUCUACAUAUCACUUCAUUCCCUCUCCCCCUCCUGGUAAAUCAAUAUGGCUAAAUUCACAACCAUCUUCAUCAUGGCUCUCCUUCUCUGCUCAACGCUAACCUACGCAGCCAGGUUGACUCCGACGACAAUCACCGCCUCUUCUAGAGAAGACACCGUCAAGGGAACCGAAGGAGAUAAUACUGAAGAAGAAAGCUGCAAAGGAGUUGGAGAAGAAGAAUGUUUGAUUAGGCGAACUCUUGUUGCUCACACCGAUUACAUUUACACUCAAAAUCACAAACACUAAAUUUAUAUUUUAUGCUAUAAAUUAUUAACUAGUUACCUUAGUAAACCCUAUCACUGUAAUUUCUGUUCUUUCUUAAUUUUGUUAUAGCUAUUUGAAUCUUUGUUAUUCCUUCUUUGAGAGUUAUUACUUAUUAUUAUUCACACUCCUUGUAUAAUUAUGGAUUUAGAACAACUUUCAGUA